GAGCGGGUGAGUCAAACCUGCGUCAGACUUCGUCGUGACUUGCCAUAGUAAUUUCUUCAUCCUAUGGGGAGGUGGGGGGGUGGCUGAUUUAUCCCACAACACAGCCACAACCACGUGGAAACUAGAAGUGUGAGCGGGGCUCUCCUACGGAUGCAGACCGUCGUUAAAGCGCUGAGGUGAGACAAUCGGUUGCGGUAGCCUCUAACCGGCGUUAACGUUAUUACAGUGGCCAAACUUGAGGCAGGCGCGGAGCUCCUGCGUCAGACUUUACGCACCAUGCGCCCUGUGCGACUGGAGGCUUUGUGAUUUCGCAUCUCUCUCAGAGAUGCUGCACACGGACGCGGUGCCUUGAAUGAAGAUACCGUGCACUCACUUUGGAUUCACACCGUCACGCUGACUUGGACGUUACAAGCACUACACCAGAUUUAAGGAAAAAAAGCACACCUGUCUUUCCCUGGCACCUUCCCAGCUUCUUCCACCUCCUCAUCUCACGCUCUCCCCUUCUUGCUGCCACCGCCGUCACCCCUCUGAAGGAGCGCCUGUGUCGCAGCCAUGCCAAAGAACACCAAGGUGACCCAGCGGGAGCACAGCAAUGAGCCUGUCACUGAGUCUGUGGCUGACCUGCUGUCUCUGGAGCACCCCAUGGACUAUAAGAGCAGUCAGAUGAGUAUGGGCCUGAGCCCUGCCUCCACUGCUCCAGGAAAGGCCCUGCUGCCCUCUCCCGACCCAGACGCUGAGGAUGGCCGACCGGCUUGGAACAACAAGCUUGAGUACAUUCUGGCCCAGGUGGGCUUCUCUGUGGGUCUGGGUAACGUCUGGAGGUUUCCCUACCUUUGCCAGAAGAACGGUGGAGGUGCAUACCUGGUGCCCUACUUCAUUCUCCUCCUGCUCAUUGGCAUCCCAUUGUUCUUCCUGGAGCUGGCGGUGGGUCAGAGGAUCAGGCGCGGCAGCAUCGGGGUGUGGAACUACGUCUACCCACAGCUGGGAGGCAUCGGGGUCUCCAGCCUGAUGGUUUGCGGUUUUGUGGGCCUCUAUUAUAACGUGAUUAUCGGCUGGAGCAUCUUCUAUUUCUUCCAGUCUUUCCAGUAUCCACUGCCUUGGGCUGAGUGCCCCAUCCAGAGAAAUGGAACCCAAGCUAUCGUGGUGCCUGAGUGUGAGAAGAGCUCAGCCACCACUUAUUUCUGGUACCGGCAGACUCUCAACAUAACCAGCAGCAUCGAUGACACCGGCGGCCUGAACUGGAAGAUGACCCUGUCCCUGCUGGUGGCUUGGAUCCUGGUCUGCAUGGCUGUCAUCAAGGGCAUCCAGUCCUCUGGGAAGGUGAUGUACUUCAGCUCUCUCUUCCCGUAUGUGGUGCUUUUCUGCUUCCUGGUACGAGGUUUGAUGAUGAAGGGAGCGGUGGAUGGCAUCGCUCACAUGUUCACCCCUAAGCUGGAAAAGAUGUUGGAGCCGCAGGUGUGGAGAGAGGCGGCCACGCAGGUCUUCUUUGCCCUCGGUUUGGGCUUUGGAGGAGUCAUCGCUUUCUCCAGCUACAACAAGCGAGACAACAACUGCCACUUCGAUGCGGCGCUGGUCUCCAUCAUCAACUUCGUCACCUCCAUCCUGGCCACUUUAGUGGUGUUUGCUGUGCUGGGGUUCAAGGCGAAUGUUAUGAACGAGAAGUGUGUCGUCGACAACGCAGAGAAGAUCCUGGGCUUCCUGAACACUGGUGUGCUGAGCAGAGAGCUCAUCCCUCCUCACAUCAACUUCUCCCACCUGUCCACCCAGGACUACGCGGAGAUGUACGGCGUCAUUAAGGCGGUAAAGGAGGACAGCUUCGACCAGCUUGGCCUGGACGCCUGUGUGCUGGAGGACGAACUCAACAAGGCGGUUCAGGGCACUGGUUUGGCCUUCAUCGCCUUCACGGAGGCUAUGACACAUUUCCCUGCCAGUCCCUUCUGGUCCGUCAUGUUCUUCUUCAUGCUCAUCAAUUUGGGGUUAGGAAGCAUGAUCGGCACCAUGACCGGCAUCACCACACCCAUACUGGACGCUUUCAAGAUCCGCAAGGAGAUCCUGUGCGUGGUUUGCUGUGUCAUUGCCUUCCUGUUGGGCCUGCUGUUUGUGCAGCGUUCAGGGAACUACUUUGUCACCAUGUUUGAUGAUUACUCAGCUGGUUUGCCUCUCACUGUGGUGGUGAUCCUGGAGAACAUCUCUGUAGCCUGGAUCUACGGCACUAAGAGGUUCAUGCAGGAUCUGGAGGACAUGCUUGGUUUCAGGCCGUUUUCCUUCUAUUACUACAUGUGGAGGUACGUGUCUCCAGCUGUCCUGGUGGUGCUCAUCAUCGCCACCGUCAUCGAGAUGGCGGUCAGUCCCGCGGGAUACAACGCCUGGGUGGAGGCCGAGGGCUCAGAGCGUUUCGAGAAAUACCCUCCCUGGGCUUUGACCAUGGCUUACGCCCUCAUUGUUGCGGCCAUGCUGCCUUUGCCCAUCGUCUUCAUCGUCCGCCACUUCAACCUGAUCUCAGACGGCUCCAACAAGCUGUCCGUCUCCUACCGCAAAGGCAUGAUGAAGGACAUCUCCAACCUGGAAGAGCAGGACGAGCAGCGCUUCAUCCUCAGCAAGAACCCCAGCGAGGCUCCCUCCCCGAUGCCCGCCCACCGCGCUUACCUGGGCCCCGGCGGCACUCAGGAGAUGACCAACACCAACUACGGCACCAGCACCAAGACGGGCUACCAGAACAUCGGCUCGCCCGAGUCUGAGCUAUGAUCCACUGAGCUCACAGAUCCUCCCGUCCAUUAAACCCCGGCCCAGCUUGGAGAGAGGGAGACAGAGGAAGAAAGGGAGGAACAGAAGUCAAGAGGGAGAGAAAAUUCACUGCCGAUUGUUGCAGCGUUCAUCACACCUUAACCCCCAGAGCUGAAUCCCUCUAUCCCCCCUUCUCUGCUCCAUCGCUCCCCGCCCGUGGUCCUUCCCUUCUUCCCCGUCAUAGGAUCCGUGCUGUUAACCGACUGUCAAUCCCAGCUGAGGUGAAGGGAUCAUGGGAAUGUGAGUCUCACCUUAUUUUAACCGGCUUUUCCAUCUGUCAAGGUAUUACAGAGGCAGAAAGAGAGGGACGGAGAGGGAAUGAAGCUUAGGAAGGUCCAGCGUGGGCUUAGAUACAGGCUUUGCUUUUGUAAUAAGCUCUUUGAAGUUAAGGUGUGUGCAAUGCCAAAAUGAUUAAUGUCGUACUGAAAUGUAAUCCCAUGUGUUUACGAGUCUGGAGAAGGUUAUUUUUGAGACAGCUGGAUGUUCCUAGCUCUAGGAGAUCGUCAUCUUACUCUUGUUCAGUUGAGGAUUGUUACUUGUGGGCACAGGAUGGAAGGAGACUCAGAAAAAAAUAAAAAUCACUGUAUCACUGUAUGAGAACAUCUACAUCUACAGUGUGUAACAAAACUCGAUUACAACUUCAUCCAUAACAGUAUGUAAUAAGUGAUUAUGAUAGUGUACAGUGUUACAAGCACAUUAUAUCUUUAAGUUUCUUGUGCCUAUCAUGCAUCAGCAAUAAUAAGCAGUAAAAGUAGGAUCCUCAUUAAACUGUGGAUCUCCUUCUAUCCUCAUUGCUCCCACCGAUGUAGAAUACUAUACAUAUGUGUUGUGCAAUAGUCUGAGAUGUCACCGUAAAUCAUGUAUAUACACUGCAGUAGUGCAAAUCGAGGGAAAAACUUUUUGCCUCUUCAUCACUUCUCCACGAACACUGAAGCACAGACGCCGGCUAUCGUUAGGAAAUCUCCGAGCCUUAACACAGAGCAGCACUUUUCUUUUAAACAAUCUUCUCCUCGAUAAAAACAAGGCUCCGGAGUUGUCGCCAACAGCGCUGUACACAUCGUCUCUUGUGCUGUUCCAGUCGCAGCUGGCCUAGACAAAGCUUUUCCAUUUUAAUCAAUCAUUUUAAUCAAGCGGUUCCAUUUUAAUCAAUGGCCUUAGAAGGGCAGAGGUGGCGAUGCACGAGCACAGAUAAGCAGAGCGGCUUGUUUUUGACGCUCGUCUGUCUCUGUGUUAGGGAGGCAGACGGAGAAGGGAUGGGUUUUGUGAGUUUUGUCGUUGUGUACGUGCAGAUGUGCAUGUGUGUUUGCCGUCUGCCCCUGAAUGAGAGCUCACGGUGACCCAGCCCGUUUAAAAAUAGAGCCAUGUUACCCAGGGGAAGCCGUGGCAACGCACCAUAGAUACGGAUCCUCUUCUGAUGUGGAGGAGGAAGAGGACAGUGGACACCUCGCUUUGUCUGCUGCACCUGCACGGCCGUUUGUUCACCAAUACAGAGAUGAGACAUUUUACCGUCAAUGUCCCACAAGGAUAUCUCUCUGAUGUUGUCUCAGCGCGUCGAGUAAGAGGUUCACUGCCAUGCUGCGCUGUGGAUGAAUCAUACCUCAUCCCCGAGUGACAGGUUAAUGUUUAGGGUUAAUUGUUGUACAUUCCUCAAAUUGUGACCACUAUGGACAUCAUUUCAUAAGCACUUCAGUCCACACUUUGAUGUCUUUUUGUGAACCAAGGCGUGGAAACUAAAGCCUUUUUUAUUUUUUAUGUAUAAUAUUGUAUGGCGGUGUAUGUUUAGGGGUGUAAUGUGGGAAACGUACCAUGAUUUAACUGUGUGGAAUAAGUGGUAAUACAUGAUUUUCACCACUGGGUGUCUCUGCUCGUCAGCGGAGGAGACAGUGACGUGUGGCCCCUCCCUGCUGAGACAACACCAACACUUGAGACUGAACAGAUGUAGUGUGAAGCGGAGUCAGUCACAUUGUUUUGGUGCCUGAACAGCGUCUCUGUUGUCUGUUUUGCCUUAUUGGUUUGUCAUUUUGUUUCCUUAAUAAUGUCGUGUGUUUAUGUGUUCAUGUCUAGUUUGGACCAACGUCUCUUCUCAUUCACUUGAGCACUUUAAUUAGAUUAAUGACCCUGGAGUUGUUUGUAAAGCACACGGCUCACAAAAGCUUUGUGGAGUUUAAACAUGAAUCAUAAGAAUGCUGUCCCAUACGGUGUAUAUGUAUACUGUAUAUAUGUAUGUACAUGGAGAGAGAGAGAGAGAGAGAGAGUAGAAGGGCUAAAUGCAAAUGAAAGGCACAAGACGAAUGAUGUUUCACAAAAACUAUCUAUGUUAUCACAGAAAAUAUUUGUCUUUGCACACAACUUUUAUUGCAUUUUAAUCUGGCUUCUUAUGAUUUUAAAUUUUCUUGGCCUUGUUUUCAUGCCAGUGUUGACUGAUGCAGUGCUGACCCGUCACUAUGUGCUGUAAUAUGUGGCUUCUAACAUGUGGCUGUGAUAUAUAGCUGGGUAUAAACUAAAGUGAUGGUGACAUAAUAGAAUUCAUUACUGAUCGACCAUAAAAGCACGUAUAACGUCUAUUUUUUCCACUGUCUUUUAUAGAUUGUAUUUUCUUUAACAUUGUGUCGUCACAUAUUUUGUAAUAAUGAUAAUAACAAUAAAAGCAUUAGCGCUAUAAGGAAAUGAACCACUGUGAAAACAUAACUCUGGCCACAUUAGUCUCUGAAUCAGGGGAAAAGUGGCUGCUCUCCCUUUUGAACAAGACGUUACAAAUGAGCAUGUAGACAUUAUUAAUGUCUUCAGUUGCUAAAAUGUAGCAUAGACUUACUGAUCUUCUGUGAUAAUAUAUCAGAUGUUUUUUGUAGUUUUGUUUUUUUGUUUUUGGCCUGGAGUUAAAGCACAUUUAGCGAAGCACAGGAACAUGAGCACAAUGGAGUUUCAUGUCUUAGUAGCAGUGAAAUUCACCAGUCAAUGAGCUCAAAAUACUGUGAGUCAGAAACUUGUAGAUCAUCUUAGUUAUGGUCUGAUUCCUGCAUCCUCCGAGAGGUGGCUGGAGGAUAAAAGCUGCACUCUGAAAUGCACUGCACUUCACAGGAAGCUCAACUGCACCACCAGUUUCUCCUUCUGUAGCUACAGACCGAUCUGCACAGUACAGAGACCAUAGAUGACCAACUCCAGCUAAUACUGAUGUGGUGGAUCUCACACAAAGAGAGCACAAUCACAGCGCACCAGUUUGUACUUUCCUUUAGCAAUGGUAGCGUUCACAGCUAUAGGUAGGAGUUAUACAUCCCCUGUUUCCACCCCAGGCACAGCAGGUCAAGCUGUUGAAAUACUCUGUGGAAAAAACAUCUUCUCAUAUUGGUUGACAUUUGUUUGCUACUAAUAAGGUAUUGACAUUUAGUAUUGAUAUUUCAUAUUUAUUAUCGGAAACAAAGACUCCAACUCCAGGGUCUUUUUGUCUGGUCCAUGUGUCGGCUGUGUUGCAUCACGUACUACAAAGCAACUUCUAGACCUUAACUCAGUUCAGUUGCUGAGAUUAACUCAACAAAAGUAGAGUAAUAGUGUAUUAAUUUAAUUGUGCAAAUAGUCUUUAUGUGACCAAACCAUAGUUAUAUUUAUAGUAUUUAAGACGAUGUAUUUAAUCUGUACAUAUCGAUGUACAUUCUGAUAAAUUCACACUGAGUAUCUAUAGUAAGAGUGACAGGGAGUAUACUUGAGCUGUAAAUAAUAAUUGUAUAUUUUGAGAUAUUUUUUGAUUUUUGUACUGUAAGUAAUGUUACUUUGGUGUCUGUUGGUUCGUGGUGUUAGUGUGUGGUUGUUCUCAAUCAAAAUAGCUGAGCAACUGUGGCCGUGCGUGUGUGCGUGUGCGUGUGUGUGUGUGUAUAUAUGAGUGUGUGUGUAAAGUAUAUGUAGGUUUUUUGAUGUUUAAAUGUGUGUUUUUUUCUCCUCUGUCAGUGUUGUGUGCUGCUGAUCUAAUCCAGUAGAUAAAAUCCUGUCGUUACAGUGAACUGGGACCACUAAUGUAAGCAAUCUCUCCUCUGUGUUUCUCACUGGAACUGCAGUGGCUUCCAGCACAAAACUGGCAACACGAUCAAGAAGAAACGUUUAACUCUAACAGUCAGACAGAAACUUUAGUUUUUUGUUGAAGAGAAUGAAACUGUACAAACAUGAUGUAUGAAGCAACCAGGAAAUUAAAGUUCAAAACCACUUUUAUUAAAAAGAAA